CAUCGUCAUGGAUAAACAGCCCACUGUGGUGUUUCGAAAUGUGGGGCAAGUGUACUUCCCCCAAACCAGGGUGGAGUGCCACUACAGUCUGACCUCAGACCACCAGUGGAGCAGCAGUGACUGGAUAGGGAUUUUUGAGAUGGGAUGGUCUUCAGUCAAACAGUACUACACAUACACAUGGGCUACUGUUCCUGAAGGCUACACUGAGGGAACCAGUGUCAACUACUGUGCAGUUUUCCAGGCAUCAUACCUGCCCCGCCCCAGUACUGUAGAGUACCAGUUUGCAUAUGUGGAUAAGAUGGGAGAGGUGUGCGCCUGUAGUCGUCCCUUCACUUUUUGUGCUCCCAAGCCGCUUGAGGAGCUUGAGACUCUGAAAGAAGAAGAAGAUGGAGAGGAUGGAGAAGAAGAGCUGCUCUUGGUCAUUCCCAGAGCUCAGCUGCUGCAGAGUCAGCUGGAGGAGUGCUUAAAAAAACAAGCAGAUUUACAGCGAGCGCUGGACGUAGCGAAAAAGGAGACGGAGAAUGAGAAAGAAAACAGCAGAGAGGCAAAAAGUGAAUGGGAAUAUGAAAAAGAAGCAAUGAAGGAGGAGAUCCUUGAGCUCAGAGACAGCCUGAGACACAGCCGCGAGAUGCUGAAGAGGACUGAGGGGAAACACAAGGAUGUGAAAUACAGUCACGAAACUCUGACCUCUGAGCUGAGUAAACUCGUGGCUGAAAAGGCUGAAAGUGAGCAGCGCUUCAAAGAGCUGGAAGAAGACGUCAAGGUUCUGGCUGAGCGAGAGAAAGAGCAAAACAAUGAACUGGAAAGGCUGAGAGAUAGAGUGAGGAAAAUGUCCUGUCAAAUGAAGCAUGAUGAGGAAAAGAGGAAGUCUCUGCAGAUGGAAAAUGAGGCUGCUCUGGAGGAGGCACAACUGCUUCAGGAACGUCUUGAGGCCAGUGACCAUACGGCAGAGUGCCUGCGUAGGGAGGUGAGGGAGCUGAGCACCCGGCAGGGUCAUACCCAUACUGAGCUGCACCAAGCCCGACUGCAAGUGGCCCAGCUCACCCUGCAGCUGUCUGAGGAGAACCUGCUCCUCAGGGAGGAGCGGGCCAAUUGGGCUCUGGAGAGAGAGGCAUACAGACAUGCAGCAGAAAUUGACAAAAAGAAGCUGCAAGAUCUGGGCUGUGAGGUGCAGAAGAAGGAAGAGUGGCUCCAGGAGGAGAGGAUGGAGAGGGAAAAACUAGAAGUCCAGCUUGGGAGAGAGAAAGAUUACAAUAAAGUGCUUUUGGGUGAGGCUAAGCGUGAGCUGCAGGAGCUGAAGGCCAGUUUGAGAACGAUCCAGAAAGAAAGGGAGGAGGAACAACUUCAAAAACAGGACUUGGUGAACUACAUUCAUCAGUUAGAGCAGAGGUUGGGGAUCGUGCCAGAAACAGUUUCCACAUGUGUCUCUUCCGGCUCCACCUCGGCGAAUGAUGAGAAUGCUUCCUCCCGGUCAGUCUCUUCACCUGCACUCCUGUCCACUCACCUGGAGCAGCCCGGCGGCGCUGAGAACCCUCCUGAGACGCAAAUGCAGAGUGAAGAAAACGCACCAGCCUCUGACACACAGGAUGGGCGCUGUGAACCCCCCGCUGGUGAAAGAAAGCAGUUGAUCCUACCGGAGCUCAUCAACCCCGUCCUCAGUGAGCUGGCUGACUCCCCCAUGUGGUAACACAGGGACGGACAGCAGGUUUCCUGGGUAAUGAGCUUAUACCUCAAGCGUGUCUGUAUUCAAAGAAAACAUUUGCAAGUCUUAAGUGAGCUGAUUUUUUUCUUGUUUUAUUUGUGUGGUUUAUGGUUUUAAUUCUGAUUCAGAAUUAGUGACACUUUGAAUUAAGG